CCCCCGCCUGGCUCCGGCCUCCCCCUGCCUCCCCACCCUCAGCUCAGUCUCCUCCCUCUAGCUCCUCUCUCCUCCUCUCGCCUCACCCACUCCCAGCCUGCACGCCAGGGUUUCUUUCUACCCUGGGGGUCUCCAUACCGCUCAGUCCUCCUCCCCACAGCCUCCUCUCUCACUGCAGGGCUAGUGGGUACCCAUUCUUUUCUUCCUGGGCACACCCCCUCCCCGCCAUUCCCAUCUCUGCCACCGACUCUUCUUCGUCGUCUCCUCUUCUCCCCACCCUCUCCUCUCUCUGCUCUCUUCUCUCUGCCCCUUUAAAUCUGCCUGGCCCAGCCUCCCCCGUGAUGCUGGGAUGGAGCAAACAUUGAUUUGUGCUGGGAUGGAAUCGGAAUUUUGAUUUUUUUUUUCUUCUCCCAACCAUAAGAAGAAAAAAUAAUAAAAACACCCCCUCUUGAUAGCCCCCUCCCCCUUCUCAUCCAGCUCCCAACUCCUCUUUCCUAUCUCCAAGGCAGAUUUUUCCCCCUACACUCUUCUGUUCUCCCCCACCCCUGCCACUACCUCACCCCCCAGCUAGGGAGAGAGGGGACUCUCCCACAGCUCCCGCGCCUUGCCUUCCCUCUCUGGGUUAGAGCGGUCUCUCCGGAAGAGGAGGGGGCUUGGCUUGCCCGGGUGGGAGUGGAGGUACCCUGCCAUGGACGCCGAGCCUGGGAGGCAGCCUGCGCCUCAGCCCACAGGCCACUCAGGAUGAGGGUGCGGCCCUGCCUGCCCGCGCUGGGGCCCCUCCGCCCAGCCCCGGUCUAACUGCCCCCGCCCCCAGGCCUCGCCCGGCCCCCAGGCCCCCAGCCGGCUCUCCAGCCCCAGGAUGCGCUGAGCCGCCGGGGGGCUGAGGCCGCGCCAACUACAUGCAUGUCCCCCGGGGGCAAGUUCGACUUUGACGACGGGGGCUGCUACGUGGGGGGCUGGGAGGCGGGGCGGGCACAUGGCUACGGCGUGUGCACCGGGCCCGGCGCCCAGGGCGAGUACAGCGGCUGCUGGGCGCACGGCUUCGAGUCGCUGGGCGUCUUCACCGGGCCAGGUGGACACAGCUAUCAGGGCCACUGGCAACAGGGCAAGCGCGAAGGGCUGGGCGUGGAGCGCAAGAGCCGCUGGACGUACCGCGGCGAGUGGCUGGGCGGGCUGAAGGGGCGCAGCGGCGUGUGGGAGAGCGCAUCCGGCCUGCGCUACGCCGGGCUCUGGAAGGACGGCUUUCAGGACGGCUACGGCACCGAGACCUACUCGGACGGAGGCACCUACCAGGGCCAGUGGCAGUCCGGGAAGCGCCACGGCUACGGGGUGCGCCAGAGUGUACCCUACCAUCAGGCGGCGCUGCUGCGCUCACCCCGCCGCACCUCCCUGGACUCGGGCCACAGCGACCCCCCCACGCCGCCCCCACCCCUGCCCCUGCCGGGCGACGAGGGAGGCAGCCCAGCCUCUGGCUCCCGGGGCGGCUUCGUGCUGGCCGGGCCUGGGGACGCCGACGGCGCGUCCUCCCGCAAGCGCACUCCAGCAGCAGGUGGAUUCUUCCGCCGCUCGCUGCUGCUCAGCGGGCUUCGGGCAGGCGGACGCCGCAGUUCCCUGGGCAGCAAGCGGGGAUCCCUGCGCAGCGAGGUGAGCAGCGAAGUGGGCAGCACCGGACCGCCGGGCUCCGAGGCCAGCGGGCCUCCCGUCCCAGCGCCUCCCGCCCUGAUCGAGGGCUCAGCCACUGAAGUGUACGCUGGUGAGUGGCGUGCUGACAGGCGCAGCGGCUUCGGCGUGAGCCAGCGCUCCAACGGGCUGCGCUACGAGGGCGAGUGGCUGGGCAACCGACGGCACGGCUACGGGCGCACCACCCGUCCAGACGGCUCCCGUGAAGAGGGCAAGUACAAGCGCAACCGGCUGGUGCACGGGGGCCGUGUUCGCAGCCUCCUGCCUCUGGCCCUGCGUCGGGGCAAAGUCAAGGAGAAGGUGGACAGGGCCGUCGAGGGCGCCCGUCGAGCCGUGAGUGCUGCCCGUCAGCGCCAGGAGAUUGCCGCUGCCAGGGCCGCAGACGCCCUCCUGAAGGCAGUGGCAGCCAGCAGCAUUGCCGAGAAGGCCGUGGAGGCAGCACGGAUGGCCAAACUGAUCGCAGAGGACCUGCAGCCCAUGCUAGAGGCUCCAGGCCGCAGACCCAGGCAGGACUCAGAAGGUUCCGACACAGAACCACUGGAUGAGGACAGCCCUGGGGUGUACGAGAACGGACUAACCCCAUCAGAGGGCUCUCCCGAACUGCCCAGCAGUCCUGCCUCCUCUCGCCAGCCCUGGCGACCCCCUGCCUGCCGGAACCCACUGCCACCUGGAGGGGACUGGGGCCCCUUCUCCAGCCCUAAAUCUUGGCCUGAGGAGUGGGGGGGCCCAGGUGAGCAGGUGGAGGAACUAGCCGGCUAUGAGGCUGAGGACGAGGCUGGGAUGCAGGGGCCAGGGCCCAGAGAUGGUUCCUCCCUCCUUGGAGGCUGCAGCGACAGUUCGGGAAGUCUUCGAGAGGAGGAAGGUGAAGAUGAAGAACCCCUGCCCCAGCUGAGGGCUUCGGGGGGCUCAGAGCCUGAGCCUGUUGCCAGUCCAGUCCUGAGGGGCACUUCCCCAAGGGGUCUGGAUGCUGGGUGCCUGAUGGAAGAAUCUGAGGAACCUGCUGCAACUGAGAGGCCUGCCCAGCCGGGAGCUGCCAACCCGCUGGUGGUGGGAGCCGUGGCCCUCCUGGACCUCAGCCUGGCGUUCCUGUUCUCCCAGCUCCUCACCUGAGGCUACUUCCUGGCCUAGUUCUGGCUUUGGUUGCCUGCCUCUUCACCCCUUCAGCCUGCCUUUUUCUCUUUUCCUCAUCCUGGUUGUUUUUUCUCCUAUCUUUCCUUUCUCUUCUGCCCCUCUUUGUUUUUGUCUCUUGCUUUUGCCUUCCCUCUCUUCUUUCAGAUUCUCUCAUUUAUCCUGGACCUGUCUCUCCCUCCCUCAUCCCCUUCUUCUCUAGAUUGUUUACAUAUGAAGGGCUUUUCUCUCUCAGAGGUGCUCAUCUCUGAGACACACAAAUCUAAGUCAGACCAUUGCCCCUUGCCCUCCCCACCUUUUCUUUAAACCUAAACUUCACUGAGGGUGGGGAUUUGGUGUCCUGAGGAGUCUCCUGGACGCUGAAUGGAGAGAAGGAAGAAAAUGGAAAUGAAGUGACUGAAUGCUGGACAAGCUGCUGGCUGAGCCUUGUGGCUUCCUGGCCCGAGUGAAAAGGCUGGGAGAGAUGCUGCCUCCGCCUCUUACCUUGGAGGCUAUUACCUCACCUCCCCGCCCCUUGCUAGGUUCUUCCCUAGCUUGAUCCUCCCUGGAAGAAGCUAAAGGAAGGGAACAGUAGAAUACCGUCCUAGAAUCUCCCUCUUUCUUUCCUCUAUAGCCCGUCCCUCUUCCGACCCCCUGUGAGGGCAUGCCACACCAAGAGCAACGUGUAAAGGAACAAAAAAUACCCAGUGCGGCCAAGCCCACCCCUCUCGGGCUUUGCCAGUGACCUCUCUGCCCUUCUGUGUCCCUUAAAAGUUUAUUUGGUUGGUCUGGACUCACUUGUGGCCUUUGAUUAAAUUCCUAUAGGGCCUGAAGGAGACAAUGCUACUGCAGAGGAUUAGAGGCAUUUAAGCCAGGACCCUGCUCCCCAACUCGCAUUUGUAGUGGGGGAGGUGUUUCUGGGGAGAUAGAACCAGGAGGCUCACAGGAGCCCAUGGGGCAGCAGUUGUGACAAGUCUAGCAGUCUCCAAAUGGGUUCUGUCCCUUCCCCCAUCACGUCAGAAUCUUGUGGAAUGGGAAACAGCCAGAGGAGGGGAUCAAAGGAAGCCGCUAUCUCCCCAGUUCCCAGGAGGGUGGAAGUGGGAGUCAGACCUAGGCUGAGGUGGGUGGGGAGCCCUGUGGGAGGUUGCUGGCUGAUCCCUGGUACUAGCUUUUCCCCUGGAGGCAGGAAGCCCUAGAAAGGGGAUUGUAGGGUCCCCUGGGGAUCUUUCCUCGCUCCCCUGCAUGAGGCAGAGACAACUGCCUGCCAACCCCCUCCCUCAAGGAAUGGCCUUGCCCGGGAAUGCCCACCACACACACCCUCUUUUUUUCUAGUCAAACUCUGUUUACUCCUUGGCCUGCCUCCCUCCUUCCUCCCCUUUCAACCUUUACUUCUGAUUUCUAUUUCAUGGAAUUUGGGAUUGAAGUUAUACAAUAGUGCCGCCAACAACAAGUCUUGCAGGAAAAAAAAUACAAAGAAAUUUAACAAAAAAUAUAUUAAUAAAAAAGUUCAAAAAAGGG